AUGAGUGGUAAGGUUGACAUUGAGCAUAUUUCGCCAUAUGCAACCAACAUUAGUGACUCUGUAGACCAUGACAGAGAAGAAGAAGAACUUUUCAACAAAGGGCCAGACCUUUCAUUCAAAUCCAUCUCCCAUUACUUUGCCACAAGAUUCUCUACUUUAAUCGACUUGCCCAUACAUCAUACUAACAAAAGAUGGUAUGAAGUCGUUAACCCUUUACCAGGCUUAAGGGAAAUGACAUUGAGUGAUUGGAAUUUCUAUUUCUUGGGGUACUUUAGUUGGGUAUUGGACUCCCUUGAUUUCUUUGCUGUCUCGGUCUCGGCUCCAGAAAUUGCAGCUACUUUGAAUGUCAAUGUCACCCAAAUCACCUGGGGUAUGACAUUGGUCUUGAUGUUGAGAUCUGUUGGUGCCGUGAUAUUUGGUCUUGCUGCAGAUAAGUUUGGUAGGAAAUGGACAUAUAUCACAAUUGUCACAUGCUUUAUCUUUGUUGAGAUUGGUACCGGUUUUGUCAAAACUUUGGAACAAUUCCUCGGUGUGAGAGCUGUUUUUGGUAUUCUUAUGGGCGCUAUGGCACCAAUCAGUAUGGUUACCAGUUUGGAAAAUCAACCAACUCGUGCUAGAUCCAUAUUGUCUGGUUUCUACUUACCGGGCUAUUCAUUUGGUUAUAUUCUUGCAAUGGUAUUCUACAGAGCUUUUAUCAACACCUACAAGCCAGGUGAAGGAUGGAGAUCUUUGUUUUGGUUUAGCGCUGGUUUGAGUGUUAUUCUUAUUGUAUGGAGACUAAUUGUGCCCGAGUCACCGGAUUUUAUUGCUAUGCAGGAAAAAAAGAAGAGAUUCCGUGCUAAGCAUGGUAACCGUUGGAUUGAUCCCAGUUUGAUCAAGACAUUGAAGACAGAGUGGUUGUUGCUCAUUUAUUUGGUUUUGCUUUACGCUGGCUGGAACUUUACCACCCACGGAUCACAAGAUUUGUAUGUCACCAUGUUGACAAAACAAUUUGAAGUUGGUUGGAAUAUGAGAACCGUUAUUGUGGUUGUGAGUAAUCUUGGUGCUAUGCUCGGAGGAACCGUAAUGGGCUCGGUUUCUGAAUUAUUGGGUAGAAGACUCACUGUUAUCAUUUGCUCCCUUUGGUGUGCCGCAUUUAUUUACCCAUCAUUUUUCCACGCUGAUACGAGAUGGUGGGCAUAUGUUCUUUUGAGUGCAGGUGUUAUGGGAUCAUGGGGUAUAUCUAGUGUCUAUUUAUUAGAGGUUGUCAAUAAGGCACAUAGAACAUUGAUCUCAGGUUUAUCUUACCAAUUGGGUAAUUUGGCAAGUUCGGCAAGUUCAACAAUUGAGGCUCGUCUUGGAGAAAGGUUUCCAAUUGAAGGAGGUGCGCCAGGAAUGUACGAUUAUGGAAAAGUGAUGUGCAUAUUUUGUGGUUGUGUUUUUGCCUACAUGAUUAUAUGCAUCUUCUUGGGUCCCGAGAAAUUUCACAAUAAUAUCAAUGCUAGGGAUGAAGAAGAAUAUGAUAAUGAUGAUAAUGGUGAGGAGGGGCAAAUGGCAGGUGCUGGUCAUGUGACGGAGCGGGGCUCUGUUGGGGAUUCAUUUGAGAAUAAGAAAUGA